AUGAUAAAAGCCCCUGAGGAUAAUCUUGUUUCAUGUUUUUCAGGUAUAAAAUGUCCGGUUUGCUCCAAAUUUAUCUCGCCAGACGACAUAGAAUGCCAUCUGGUGGUGUGUCUUACAAAACCAAGAAUAACUUAUAAUGAGGAUGUAUUAACAGAAAACAAAGGGGAAUGUGUAAUAUGCUUUGAUGAAUUAGAUCAGGGAGAUACUAUAGCAAGAUUACCAUGUCUCUGUAUUUACCAUAAAGGUUGCAUUGACAAAUGGUUUGAAAAGAACAGGUCCUGUCCGGAGCAUCCUAACGACUAGCGAUACCUGCACGGUCAGCCAGUCAGUUGAUAACAAACAGACAUCUUGUGAUAGUGACACAAAAACUAAAAAAAUGGCUCGGAUCGGAAUUGCUGUAGAUGUUUCGUAAUAGAUUUCACGUUUACAACGGUUUUGAACCAAGUCGAUCAGACUCCGUGCAGAUUGUGAUAUAUUCUAUUUUUCAUUUUCAUCUUUUAGUCAAAAGUUGCAAUAUGAAAAAUUGCAAACUAUGUAAAUAGUCAUAUUUAUUGAAAAACAAAAAUUGCCUUUUCUUCAUAAGUUUCAGUUUACGUCUCUCGUAUGCACAAUAUGUUUAUUGGGGUUGAAAACGAAAGUAGCCCAGACACGAAAAUGAUGCGUGUAAAGUUACAAUUUACUGCAGUAAGGCAUUUGAGUUUUAAAGGAGAUAAUAAAUGAAGAUAAGGAUAUGUGAAAGUAGUUUCGAUUAAAUGUGAAAGAAUUGAAUAUGAAAAAAAAUGUGUAAAGGUUUAUGUGAAAUGUGAAAGUCAUGAACAUGAAAUGUGAAAGUAGUAGAUAUAAAUGUGAAAAGUUUGUGUAUGAAAGAUGAUGGUUAUGAACACGAAAUGUGAAAAUUGGGAUGUGAAACUGAAAGUUAUGAGCUUAAAAUAUGAAAAUAUUUUAAAUGAAAAUGUGAAAGUUAUGAAUAUGAAAUAUGAAUGACUGGCACAUGGCAUGUGAAAACAAGAAGAAAGCUUUCAGGAUAUGUCAAUGGUAUUGGAAAGUUGGAAUUGUGAUAAAAUGGACAUAAAAUGUGAAAAUGAACAUAAAAUGUGAAAGAAAAUGGGAUUUAAAAAAAAUCAACCCUGCUAUGUGAAACAUAUAGGUAAUUUUCAUGAGAUUAUGGAUAUUAUUUUGAGACAGAGAAGUGAAAACAUUGAGAGGUUUGAGAUUUGUCAUUCUAAUGGGGAAAAGGGCAUAUUUAUAUAAUAUGAGAAAUUUAAAGCAAGAUCCGUAGAAUUUGUUUUAGAAUUUAUUUUGGGAGUAAUAAUAGAUAAUAAGGAAUUAAGAAAAAAUAUAUACCAAAACAAAAAAGCACUUGGAAAGAAACAAGUAAAUGCAAAUAAUGAUGAAAAUGAUCCUUUUCGAAAUAUUAAGUUAAUGGUGAGAAUGCCAAGGUCUCCAUGAUUAAGGACGGAAAUGCCACACCAAUAAUGAUUAUAGGCUAGAAUGAUAGAUGGGUGAUCUCUGUGUUGUUGUACUAUGAUGGAGUAAUAUAGGAAGAUGGCUUUUACAAAAUGGCGGCGGCAUCAAAUGCCUGUCUCGAUUUCUGAUCACUUUUCUGAAGAAAAAAAAGGAGCUGACGUAUUUAUUGUAUACAGUAUCAGAGAAUAUUAAUGCGUUAAAACAUUUAUGAAAGUGAAAA